AAGCGACUGCAAGCCAAACACGCCUUUGACAUUUUGUGCGCGCUGUACAGGAUCGGCGGUUGGAUACCUCUGGUCCCGAGAUGUUGGAGUUAUAGAACACGUUACCGGUCCGAUGGUAAAGCGCAAAAAGCCUGGAUCAUGCUCUGCACAGGAAGAAAAGCGCCCCGAAGAGUCAUCAACGGAGACUGGGAAGGAAGCUGGAGAUGCAUCGGUUCCCAACCGCGCCGAGGUCCAGCCUGCUGCUGUUCAGCAGCUCGCUCGCACUCGUUCCCAAAACGCUCCACGUCUCGGCUCGCCCAGCGGAUUAAACAGUGCAGCGGCUGGUGACGAUGGUGUGUCCGAGAAGCAAGAAGUCAAAAGUGCAGUGCCUGUGCAGCGUUCAAGUUUGCGCGUUACGAAGCGACCGCGCAAGGACGCCAGCCCGCCGCCCAGUUCGUCCAACCCGCCCGCCACCAAUGCGGCUGCAAACAAGAAAUCCGCUGUAUCAAAGCAAGGUGGGGCUGAUGCUGGCAAGACACGCCGCCCGUGGGAGCUGUGGAGCAUCGAGGACAAGAAUGCCUUCUUUGAAGCUGUUUGUGAGUUUGGGAAAGAUUUUGAGAGUAUUCAGUCAUAUAUCGCUCAGCGGAGCAAGAAGAAAGGUGUGCCCGCACACUGCAUCAAGAACAAGGAUCAAGUACGGCACUUCUACUACAGGACAUGGCACAAAAUAGCGAAGGUCAUGGACAUUGGAGAAGGCCGUGAAGAUGUGAAGAAGCAGACACAGGAACUCUAUGGGCUCAUCAACUAUGCUGAACUGCGAAAAAAAUACAGCGCAUGUAUUAAUCAGAAAAGUGGACAGCUUCUCACUGAAUUAGUUUUGACUGGUUCAACUAUGGUGAAAAUUCGGGGCAAACGGAUUCGCAUCAAGACUCCAGUAUGCCGAGCUCUCAAGAAAAUCAACAAUGUUGAUACAAAGGAUGAGCCACCCAAGCUUCCACCUGAUGUGUGGGUGGAAUUCCGGCCUCGCACCAAUGCCGCUUGGGUGCAGGUGCAGUCUCUGGCUCAGAAUCCCCGGGUACGCACAAAGACCAGCCUACAGCGCCGGCUCUCCAAUGUGCUCGAGCACUUGCAGGCGCGGUGGAAACCACUCCGCCUACGACAGAAGGAACAGGUGGUGGCCAGCCUGGCAGGCACAGACUGCAAGGCCCUGGCCUCGAUGGAGCCCGAGGUGGCACAGGAGCUGCGAGUCUGGCCCAGCACCCCCAUCUCACCCGUCAGCAUCUCGGCCAUGGCCUCAAGCUUGGAUGUGUCCUUUCAAUGCCACCGCAAGAAGGCUGCCACCAUGGCGGACGGGCUCAAGUCACGCCCCACAAGGCCAACUAAGCAAUCACGAGCCAUUAAGGCGGCAGCGUCCCAGACCUCCACAACCACCACAACUUCUUCUACAGCAACCGGAAAUGCAGCGCAAGAUUCGACAACAGAUGCUGUUGCAUCUAUUGAGCCUGCUCAGCAAAACAACAGUAGCGGCGGCAGUGAGACGGCGUCACAAGGCAGCAGUGUUCCGUCCUCCCCACCACCACCUGCGGGACAGGUGGAGGAGAAUCCUGAGGACGAGGCCGCAAAGUCAUUGACCCUGCUGCGCAGCAUGUUGGAGCCUGAUCCACCAGCAACGACAGCGAGCACUGUUUCAGAGACUCAGUGUUCAGCUACUCCGAAUUCAUGCCUCACCUCUUCACCACCGGUGACUCCAACCCCAAUGCCAGCGGCCAUCGAGUGCGUCCAGAAUAUCCUGGCGGACGGCAGUGCAGUGGCGGGGGGCCUGACGCUGGGCCAGCUGCUAGGCAAGGCUGCUGAGGAGGCUCGUCAGGGCGGUGAGGAAGAGGAGGACGAAGAAGAGAAGGCCAGGAGAAAGAAGAAGAAGCAAGAGGCAGAAGAGCAGGAGGAGAAGAGAAGCCAGCAGGAACAGGAGGAAGAGGCCAAGAGGAAGGAAGAGGAAGAGCAUGCCCGUGAGCGCAGCACCAAAGGAUGGACGGCCCAGGAGGCUGGACUAAUGACCAUUGGUGAACUCUAUCUCAUGAUGGGGUGCCCAAGCAAGAUAAUUCUUCAUUAUGAUUUUUGUCCUGUGGAGCAAAAGGUUGACAGGAAGUCGAAGAUCAGCCUUGAGUGCACAACAAUGCUGAAAAAAUUGCUCAGCCUUGCAACUGUCAUGUUUGCUGAGAAGAGCAAGCAGGGUCCCCUGUCACCUCCUGCGGGCAGAUGUGGCAGCAGUGCUGGAGCCGGAGGUGGCCGGGGCACUGCUGCUGUAAGUGGCACGCCCCCUUCGGGCAAAAGCGGAGGCGGUGGUGGGUCUGGCGGAGCACGUGCCAAUGCCGGAGGCACCCCACCCUCGGGCAAAAGUGCGGCGAGUCGCGCCCUUGGCCGUAGCCCGUCAACGCGCACAGCCCAGCGGCCCACAUUGCAGCAGGUGCAGCAGGCGCAGGUGCUGGAAAAUGCAGCCGAUGGGUCGGCAGCCACCACAGCCUCUGGCACCGACCAGCACGUAUUUGUCGUCCCCAUGGGCAUGGCACCUCGAGCUCACAAGCAGGCUGGGGUACCAGGCAUGCCCACAAACAUCACACAUCAGGAGCAGCUGGAUCGACUGGUUCCAGGAAACAGGCGAGGCAUGCGCCUGCGUGCGGUGCGCAAGCCCUUGGUGGUCCAGCGGCCCCUGCUGCCCCGUGCCGACAGGCGUCCCGUCACACUGGUGCAGCUUCUGCCCUCGACCCAGGCCACGCUGGCUGCUGUUGUGCAGCCCUUGGCAUCAGAUCCCCUGCCCCAGGGCAAGGGGAUUGUCAAGCUCAUCCACCCGGCAGCCACCACGAACAUUGCUGGGGCUACAUUCGACAUGCAGCCCGUGCAGGUACCGCUGAUCGAUGCCAGCAGCGUGGCAAUGGCAGUCUCGUCGUCAGGGCAUUCCAUCACCACAAGCAGCCCUGCUGUCGUGGAGGCCACCAGCACAUCCACUGUGCUGGUGGCCUCACAACAAGCUCACACAGUGGCUGUCGUCCAAAGCACGCCACAGACAACAAACCUGGUGGUGGAUGAACCGCCUGUCCUUGCUCUGGCAGAAAGCACAGAAGCAGCGAAGACCCUUGCUGAAGAUCCAUUGGAUGUUGCUGCUACUGCUGCUGCUUCACCUGUCAGAGUCCAGCCCCUUUCACCACCAAACAUUUCAUCUCUACUUGACAUUUCCUUACCUGAAAGUCUUCCAUCAGAAGGCACGACUGCACAGAUCUUGGAUGAUGCUGCCACACUACCAAACUUAGGAGCAGCACUCUCGGGUCUCUCAUCCCUCGACACAGAUGGUCCUGCAAUCGAAGCUAGCAACCCUCUGCCAAGCUUUACUGCUGUCUCGGACUCAAAUCUUGCCUCUGCCUUCAAGCUGGCCUGCGAAGAAGCGUCUGUCACUCCCGUAGAGAAAACCACUGUCAUCGACAAGACAGACGGCUUGACAACACCACCCAUGAGUCCAUUCAAACUUGUUCAUUCAGCUCCGGAUCCCAAUUGGCUGAAUGGAGAGGGCUCAAAUUUUUCACUGAGUUCCCUGCUGAACACACUGGACUCACCACUCAAGGUGACCCCGGUAGUAACACCAGUGGCACCUGAACCCCCUGUUCUAGCCUUGGAGAACUCAAGCCUGGACUCUAUCUCAAGGCUGGCACCUGAUGUCGACACCCAGCUGCAGUGCCUCAUGAAUGAGAACAGCGUAGACUACGUCGCAAAGUUUGCCGACCUCGCUGCGCAGAUUGCCUCGUCCAAUUCAGAGAGCAAAGCCACGUAGAGACUUGGACGUCAUUUUCGGGCUCACUCAUUGUACAUAGUUGUGUACCAUAGAACUGUUGGAAACCAUUAUUUAUUGCACUUUUGUAGUGUUCACUUCGCUCCGGGUGUAAAUAGGACUUGUACUGUUAACUGCGGAAUGCAAUACCACUGUGUGGCAUGAACACUUUGUGUGCAUUACAGGAAAGCCCGGAAGUUUUGCUACUCUGUCUUUCUGGCCAUUUUCUUUUUUCGCUUGUUGCAAGUGUCCAAAGUGUGAGAAAGGGUAUCACAGCAGUGUGAUGUGGAGCGUUGAUAUUCUGUCACCAGCGUUUUUCAAUGUGUGGCUCAUGCUGAAAUGGUUGCGUGCAUAAGUCCGGCCUGGCAAGGCACCAUCUCUCACGUCUGUUGAAACUGGCACAUGUGUAUUCUCAGUGGUCAUCGAACAAUGCUGUCAAGGUUAUUGAGACAUGUCUGGGUUUAUCAGAAUUCGCAGCCUAUUCCAGGUGUGAGAUAAUUGGAGUCUUUUAGCAUAGCAUGCUGCGUGACCCGCAGCCUUUUGUAGUCGCAUGCAUGCUUGCUUUGACACACAUGCACAUGCAGCUGUUCUUGGAGCUCACCAAACAGAAUGCAAGCCAGUCACAUACUUUCUUUGUUACUUGCUCUCCAGCAGCUCGUGGCAUAGAUAAUACAGUCAAACCUUGCUGUAAUCGAGUUGCAUCCGACAACGAAAUAUUUUGGUUAUAUCUGAUAUUUAUUAUAAGCAUAUACCGUAUUUACUCGCACAAUGAACGCACUUUGUUUUCCUGAAAAAUAUGCGCAAAGUUGGGGAGUGCGUUCAUUAUGCGGGGUCUUUUGAGUGAUCUUUUUCUGCUGCCACCUUUAAAAAAGUCACAGUUUAUUUCGCCUGAAAGGCGAACCAUCAAUUGCGAUAGCAAAUGCGUAGACAGCUAUACGAAAUGAGGAUAGUAGUUUUAUCGGUUGUGUAAACUUCCAAACAUUCACUAUGUAAAUUAACAAGCACGGUGUCAGCGCACACAGGCAAGGUAAACAUGAACACAUCACACUCGUUGAUUGCGGGCACUCGCUGUCAAAACGUUGGCAUGAGGAAGUGUAGCAGCAACAGCAAGCGAAAUGACCUUCAUGCUGUGUAUCACUUCAACGCAAACUGAGCGGCAAAAAUGGAGCACGCACAAAGGUACAAGCCUCUGUCGCACUGCUAGACUCAGUCCCGGACACAGACCGCUUUCAACAUGCGGCCGCACAAUGCGUAGUUGCUGCGUCUCCCCCCUCCCUCCCCUCGGUGCCAUGUGAACAACAGAAUACGGGGCGUUUCCUCCCCGCGUUCCUUUCUCGAACGCGGGAGAUUGAGGCGCGAUCGUCGGCACCGACUGCAAAAAUGCGCCUGGAGUGUCCCUAUAAUUGCUAUUGCAAUAAAAGGGGAGACACACGGUACGAUUCGGCGUUCGAUUCAGCAUUUGAUACGGCGUCCAAUACAAUCGGACCCACCGGACGCCAUAUCAGGCGCUGAAUCGUGCCAUGUCUCUCCUACUUCAUGCAGCAAGUUCAGGGUGCGUUCAUUAUGCGAGGAAAAGAAAAAACACUUCUUGAUUGGAAAAGUAUGGGGGUGCGUUCAUUAAGUGAGUGUGUUAUUAUGCAAGUAAAUACGGUAUAUUCGUUACAUGCUGAUAUUGGUGACAUUUCAGUGUCUUCGUUAUAAAUUAUUUGUUAUAUCUGAUACAGUGGACUUCCAUUAAUUCGACAAUGACGGGACCAGCGAAAUUGAUUGAAUUAUCCGGUGGGUUGAAUCGAACAAGAGGCACAAAAAAACGCCGAUACACACUGCUGAUUCAUUUGGCAGUAUUUUCCCGAUUCUAACACAAAAGAGCACCCACUUUCUAUUUGUUCAAAGUAGGAAUAUAAGUUAAAAAACAAAAAAUUAUGUUAUACAGUAAAACCUUGUUAAUUCGACACGCGUUAAUUCAGAUAAUUCGGACUCGUCCUUUCGUCCCGACAGGCGCAUGCAUUAUUUAAUGCAAUCAAACUCUCGUUAAUUUGGACGUAUUUGGCCACACAUCGGUUAAUUAAGACAACUCUCGGAACUCGGUGAGCCCGGAGCGCCGCAAAUGCGUGACGCAAAAUAGCAAAAACGGCGUUAGCGUCCACCGAAACGAAGCGGCGGAGUCCGCAUCGCCAUAGUCAUCAGCAGAAAUCGUACGUGAAUGACAGCAAUGCCAGAAUGCUUUGUGCCUAUUUGUUAUUCUUGCAUUUAUCACCGCACUUAACACCACGCUGGCCGCGUGCUGCCAUAACUGUGUAGCCGUCCACGAUCGCAUCGAUAGUCACCACGGUUUCGUCCACAGCGGUUGCGGCAAACAGUAGUAUCGUUUUUACUCGGUGUGGGCGUCGGCCGCGUGCCUUCGCAACUGCGUAGUCGCCUUUCAUGGUAGCGUCGAUAGUGGCCAUGGUAUCAUCUGCAGUUGCGGCAAACGGUAGUUUCGUUUUGACUCGGUGAAAAGCUGUCGAGGAUGAUGAGCACUGGGUGCAUCGCGGUGGAAGGGCGGUCUGUUGGCGACCAGCUCACAGGCGAAAAUAUAAAUGGUAUGUGCGCGCCGUAGUGGAAAGCGUGUCACAGAUGAAGGCGCGCGCCGCGGCGGGUUGCGAAGGAAGUCGCGAGGCCAUCACCGCUGCGAAAGCCAAUAAGCCACGAGAUGAUGAGAAUUGCAGCUUCCGCACUGCAUUUGCACAAAACAGAAACAGGUUUUCUUAUAUAUUCAGUAAUUAAAAGUGUGUUGACUUAGCAUCAGUUUAUUGUUUUCUUGAUGCCCUCGAUAAUUCAGCAUAAGGUUAAUUCGGACAUUCGGUCCCGUAAAAUUUGAAGUGACGAGGUUUUACUGUAGCUCCUAAACAACGUAGAAAUUUAAUGUGCAUCCGAUAUUUUAGCAAGGAAGAAGUAGCAUGCUUCCGAUUCUGCAAAUGACAAAAGGUUGAAACCAGCAAAGUGUGCUUUGCAGAAUAUGAAUUUAUUCACAACUAAUAUCUGUUGUUGCUAUCUGUGAAUAUCGAAU